UGGAGUCAGUGGGCGGAUCCGGAAGUUCUGUGAGAAGAUGGCGGAGAGAAACCGGGGAACCGACCUGAAUCUAGGAUGGAUCUCCAAAGCUUGUGUGAAUUAUCCCGCAGUCCUGCGCCGUGCAGAGCAAAUUCAAACCCGCCGAACAGUGAAAAAGGAUUGGCAAGCCGCAUGGUUACUAAAAGCCGUCACCUUCAUUGAUCUUACCACACUGGCUGGCGAUGACACUGCAUCAAAUAUUCAUCGGCUCUGCUUUAAAGCCCAACAUCCAAUCAGAGGGGACCUUUUGAAGAUACUGAACGUGGAUGAUAUAGGGAUCACUACGGGAGCUGUGUGCGUUUAUUCAUCUCGUGUGAAGGAGACAGUAAAAGCACUGAAAGACGCUGGUGCUAACAUUCCUGUCGCAUCAGUGGCUACAGGUUUUCCUGCUGGGCAGACACCAUUGAAGACACGACUAGAAGAAAUCAAGAUGGCGGUGGAGGAUGGUGCAACUGAGAUUGACAUUGUUAUUAACCGGACACUAGCACUGACUGGCCAGUGGGAAGUUCUUUAUAAUGAGAUCAGUUUGUGCCGUGAAGCUUGUGGAGACGCUCACAUGAAAACGAUUCUGGGUACAGGGGAACUUGGAUCGCUCACCAAUGUGUACAAAGCCAGUCUGGUCGCUAUGAUGGCAGGCUCAGAUUUUAUAAAGACCUCAACAGGAAAAGAAUCGGUAAAUGCCACAUAUCCUGUAGCUCUGGUGAUGGUCCGCGCAAUCCGGGAUUUCUAUAGGAAAACCGGGAUCAAGGUUGGGUUUAAACCAGCCGGAGGGAUUCGUUCUGCAAAGGAAGCUCUGGUCUGGCUCUCCCUUAUCAAGGAAGAGCUGGGUGACGAAUGGUUGAGCCCAGCGCUUUUUCGCAUAGGAGCUAGCACUUUAUUGGGAGACAUUGAGAGACAGAUUUACCACCAUGUGACAGGAAGGUACGCAGCGCAUCAUGAUCUGCCGAUGGCCUAACUGCUGACAUUUGUGCAGCAAAACAGCAGAAAAUGUGCAUCGUGGUAGCAAAGACUGGUCCAGAAAACCUCACAAAAUUAUCGCCCUAUCGCUGAACAGUGUGUGUGUGUUAAUGUGUGUUGUGUGUGUUAAUGUGUGUCUGUGUGUGUGUUAAUGUGUGUGUGUGGGGGCUGCCUGUGUGUACAGGGCGCAUGCAUUUUGUACAGAAAAUGUAUCCAGCAAUGUUAAAUUUUUGGGCGUUUUAUAAAUAAAACCUUGUCACUUGUAUCCAAACAAUGUUUCAAUCAGAUAAUACAAAUAUUCACGCCCCAGGUUGAUUCUAACAUCUCUAGCUUCAAGCAGCCGUUCCUAGUCGUUUUCUAUAGAAAUCGUUUGACAUGAAAGAAGGGUAGUUAAAACGUUGUGUCAUACCACACAUGCAUGUAUCAGUGAUUUGUAUCCGAUUCAUUCUGAUGAUUUUUGUUCUCUGUAUUACUGUAUUUAACAGUUGGCAGAGUUUUUAGAAUAAAGAGCAUUAUAUAACGUAUACCAGAUGUUUGUAGAUUGCUGAGACAUAUCUUGUUAAAAUGUCUCAAAUAAAGGAAAUCUUCCCAGCUUGGCCUUGCUGGGGUGAAA